GCCCCUGGCGGGGAAGGCGGCCCGAAGCCCGAGUGCAGGCUGCUCCUGGCGUCCGGGGCCGGGUGGGGGGCCGCUACGGCGGGCAGCCCAGGCAGCGGGGCCUCCUCGGGGGUUACAUCCCGGGGAUCCUCUGAGGAAGCCGACCUCCUAAGGAAAGCCAUGCAGCAAGUCCUGGACAACUUGGGAUCCCUCCCCAAUGCCACGGGGGCUGCAGAACUGGACCUGAUCUUCCUGCGAGGCAUUAUGGAGAGUCCCAUAGUAAGAUCCCUGGCCAAGGCCCAUGAGAGGCUGGAGGAGACGAAGCUGGAGGCUGUUCGGGACAACAACCUGGAGCUGGUGCAGGAGAUCCUACGGGACCUGGCGCAGCUGGCCGAACAGAGCAGCACAGCCGCUGAGCUGGCCCGCAUCCUUCAGGAGCCUCACUUUCAGUCCCUCCUGGAGACGCACGACUCUGUUGCCUCAAAGACCUAUGAGACACCACCCCCCAGUCCCGGCCUGGAUCCCACGUUCAGCAACCAGCCGGUGCCUCCUGACGCUGUGCGCAUGGUGGGCAUCCGCAAGACCGCUGGAGAACAUCUGGGCGUGACAUUCCGCGUGGAGGGUGGCGAGUUGGUGAUCGCACGCAUCCUGCACGGGGGGAUGGUGGCUCAGCAAGGCCUGUUGCAUGUGGGUGACAUCAUCAAAGAGGUGAAUGGGCAGCCUGUGGGCAGCGAUCCCCGUGCGCUGCAGGAGCUCCUGCGCAGCGCCAGCGGCAGCGUCAUCCUCAAGAUCCUGCCCAGCUACCAGGAGCCCCAUCUGCCCCGCCAGGUAUUUGUGAAAUGCCACUUUGACUAUGACCCGGCCCGAGACAGCCUCAUCCCCUGCAAGGAAGCAGGCCUGCGCUUCAACGCCGGGGACUUACUCCAGAUUGUAAACCAGGAUGAUGCUAACUGGUGGCAGGCAUGCCACGUGGAGGGAGGCAGUGCUGGGCUCAUCCCCAGCCAGCUGCUGGAGGAGAAGCGCAAAGCCUUCGUUAAACGGGAUCUGGAGCUGACGCCCAACUCAGGUAUCGCCCCUGGUCCUCCUCUGGGAUCUGACUGCACCCCAGCCUGGCCUCACUCACCCAUCUCUCUAUGGCCAGGGACCCUGUGCGGCAGCCUCUCGGGGAAAAAAAAGAAACGAAUGAUGUAUUUGACCACCAAGAAUGCAGAAUUUGACCGCCAUGAGCUGCUCAUCUAUGAGGAGGUGGCCCGCAUGCCUCCUUUCCGCCGGAAAACCCUGGUGCUGAUCGGGGCUCAGGGUGUGGGUCGGCGCAGCCUGAAGAACAAGCUCAUCAUGUGGGAUCCAGACCGCUAUGGCACCACGGUGCCCUACACAUCCAGGCGGCCCAAAGACUCAGAGCGGGAAGGCCAGGGUUACAGCUUUGUGUCCCGAGCGGAGAUGGAGGCUGACAUCCGUGCUGGGCGCUACCUGGAACAUGGCGAAUACGAGGGCAACCUGUAUGGCACACGUAUCGACUCCAUCCGGGGUGUGGUCGCUGCCGGCAAGGUGUGCGUGCUGGAUGUCAACCCCCAGGCGGUGAAGGUGCUGAGAACAGCGGAGUUUGUCCCUUACGUGGUGUUCAUCGAGGCCCCUGAUUAUGACACCCUUCGGGCCAUGAACCGGGCUGCACUGGAAAGUGGGGUGUCUACUAAGCAGCUCACGGAGGCGGACCUGAGACGGACGGUGGAGGAGAGCAGCCGCAUCCAGAGGGGCUACGGGCACUACUUUGACCUCAGCCUGGUCAACUGCAACCUGGAGAGGACCUUCCGCGAGCUCCAGGCCGCCAUGGAGAAGCUGCGGACGGAGCCCCAGUGGGUGCCUGUCAGCUGGGUGUACUGAGCCUGCUUGACUGGACCUUGUCCCCUCUGGGUUGUGACCCAGAGACCUGAAUCCAUCCCUUUCCCAACCAUGACCCUCAACCACAGUCCUGAGCUCCAGUCCCUGGGGCUCUGGCUCCCUGGGAAGCAGCUCCUCGCAGGUCCCGAGACUGGCUUCGGUGCAGAGGCACGCACUGCCAGGGAGGUGGGUGUUCGUGGGGUACCUCUGUGCCCAGGUGCUGCCCCCUCCUGAUGCCCAUUAGCCACCAGAUGUUCCUCUUGAGGGCCACGCUGUGCCCAGGAGUGUGUCAGAGUCACCGCCCAAAGGCUCAGACCAGAGAAGAGAAGAUGCUUUGAACCAUGUGGUCAGUAGGUACACUGCCCCUGCCACCCCUCUCCAGUCACCUUCUCUCCUCUGGACUGGCCACCCCACCCUGUUCCCGAGCUCCUCCCACCUCUCACCCCUCUGUCCUAGGAGCAGGCCUUAGGCUUUUUCUAUGUGGCCAGGGGAGUGCAAGGCCCCCUGGCAGCCAGGCAGGCCUGGCAGUGGGGCCAACCUGGUGCCAUCCGGAAGGCUGCAGGAGCCAAAGCAUGAGCCAGUUGUCACAGCCGGGAGCAGUGCAGCUCUCUGCUCCCGGGAACGAGGCAGAGUCCCGUGAAUGGACCCUGCCCGGUAUCUCCCUCACCCACAGCUUUUCACUGCCGAAGUCUCUCCACGGACUUCUCCAAUGUGCCCGCAGGUCAGCUCUGCACCCUGCAGGGCCAGGCCGGCAGGGGGCAGCAGGCACAGCCCAGGCGAGGGGGGGGUUAGAGGCUGAGCCCUGUCCCCAGGAGCCUGCUACUACUGACCGAAGAGCUCCAAGCUCUCCAUGGCCCAUGGGGAGGACACGCCUGGGCUCCCUGUUCACAACCAUUGUCCAUGUGGUCUUUGCUCUGGCCAGGUCCACGUGGUCCACUAGUGUCAGGACUGAUGGGGGGUGGGGGGGCUCAGGAAGGAUGCGGAGGGAAGCUGUGAGCACUGUGCUCUGAUAGGCUCCUCAUUGCCCAGCGCCAGGGGGUGCCAUCCAUACUGUUUCUGUGCAGGUUACGUCCACAUGCGACCCCCCUGGUCUGGGUUCUGCCACUGGCAUGUGUGUGUCGGGCUUGGUUUUUGGAGAAGAGACACUUUGGAGGUCACUCUUUGGGUCCCCUUUUCAGGGUUUCCCAGCAGCUCCCCUGUCUUAUGAGGCACUUAUCCCAGAUUCUAGAGCCUUGACCCGCCCAGAUGUCUUCCUCCAGCUUUUAUUGUCCCCUGACCCUAAAUGCCACUCUCCUGUCCUUGGUGAGGGCAAUUGUGUAAAAUAGGAGACUCCCUUUUUUUUUUUUUUUUUUUUUUUUAGAGAAAGUGAGAGAGAGAGAGAGAGAGAGAGAGAGACAUUGAUUGGUUGUCUUCCCAUGUGCCCCAACUGGUGAGUGAACCUGGAACCUGGGUGUGUGCCCUGACCGGGAAUCGAACCCACAACCUUUUGGUGUACGGGUCGAUGCUGCAGCCACCUGAGUCAUACUAGCCAGGGUGAGAAUCCCUUUUGAGAAAAGAAUGCUGUCCUCAACUUCCCCAGGCAUCUCAUCCCUCAUCCUUCUCUGUGAUCCUUCCUGGGGUGAGCCUGUCCUUGCUAGGGGAUCCCCUAGCCCAGUGAUGGCGAACCUAUGACACCCAUGUCAGAGGUGACACGUGAACUCAUUUUUUUGGUUGAUUUUUCUUUGUUAAAUGGCAUUUAAAUAUAUAAAAUAAAUAUCAAAAAUAUAAG